CCCUCCACGUCUCUCUCUCUCUCUCCUCUCACUCUCAGGCGACCUUUCCCCUCGUCGGCGUCUGCAACUUCCUCCGUUUCUGCAGCCGCUCGCUCUGUCGUUGCCCAGCUGAAGUGGGGUGAAUUGACACCGUUUUGUCUCCGUCCCUGAAGUGAGCUGUGGCUUUUAACAAUGGUGAGGCGGUACCCGGUGAAGGGGCGGAAGAGGAAGCAGAAGGAGAGGUACGACGAGGACGUCGAAGAAGACGAGCAAGAGCAGAAGCAGCUGAGACUCGAAGCUGAUGAGCCGAGGGAAGCGGAAACGGCGGCGGACGAUGACGAGAAGCAAUCGGGAGAAGCUGGGGAGAAGGCCGCUGACGAGCUUGAAGGCAUACCAAUUAUGCCGACACAGAACCAAAGCAGCAAGAAUCCCGGCAUCAUCUUCGUUCUCGAGAAGGCCUCUCUGGAAGUCGCCAAAGUUGGAAAGAGCUAUCAAAUUUUGAACUCCGAUGAUCAUGCCAACUUCUUGCGGAAGAACGGCAGAAACCCUGCUGAUUACAGGCCCGACAUCGUUCAUCAGGCCCUUCUAUCUAUUCUAGACAGCCCACUUAACAAGGCUGGAAAGGUUCGUGCAGUGUAUGUGAAGACUGAGAAAGGUGUGCUUUUUGAAGUAAAACCUCAUGUUCGUAUUCCAAGGACGUAUAAGCGCUUCGCAGGCAUUAUGUUGCAGUUGCUACAGAAAUUAAGCAUAACUGCUACCGGUAAACGGGAGAAACUUCUGCGAGUGAUAAAAAACCCCGUGACCCAGUAUUUUCCUGUCAACUCUAAAAGAAUAGGCUUCUCUCACAGCUCAGGGAAGUUGGUUGAGAUGCAGGACUAUGUAGCUACCAUCAGCGAUGAUACGCCUCUUGUUUUUGUGGUUGGUGCAAUGGCCCAUGGGAAAAUAGAAACCGAGUAUACGGAUGAUUUUAUUUCAAUUUCUAAUUACCCAUUGAGUGCCGCAUGCUGUAUCAAUAUAAUCUGUGAUGCUGUGCGGAGGCAUAUGAACUUCAUAUAAUUGGAUGGGGCCGAUAUAACAGAACAUUGUUGAGAAAGGACGAUGCAUUUCAGAGGACCCGAAAGAGAACUCUGCUAUGCCCGCUCGUGUAUGCACUAGAUUUGGAGCUCAACAGUUGACACAUCCCAAGGUCUUCUGUCCAUUGAAACUUCCCUUCGUUUUUUAUAGCUGCAGCAAUAUGGACAAAAUGGGUAUAGCAACAGAAUCAGGAGGUUUCAGUUAUUUAUGUACUGGAAGUUUGUAGACCCAUAUGCGUUGUGAGAAGAAACUGAAUAUGAGAGUGCUAAGUGCUGUUUCACUGUCGAUUAACCAUUAUUAACUAGGUGCAGAUUAUGGACCAAUUAUUGGAAUAUGUCUUUCUAAUGCAAUGUUACUCCAUUUCAUUCCGUCUCA